UCUUGACACGAUUAUAUUAUAUGUCGAUUCACUUUAGUGUUUGUGUGAAAGAAAAGCCUCCUCCCACUGGCUGCUAUCACCUAGCUAGUGACCUGUUUUUUUUUUUCUUCUUCAUAUUGAAUUUGACAAAAUUCUUCAAUUUUUUUGUAUUUUAUUUAAAUAUUUAUUUUACUUGUUUAUGGUUACAUUGUCGGGAGCCUAUUAUUAGCUAGCCAGCCAUACAGCCAGGCUAGCUGGCCGAGGUCUUGCGGAUUGAUAGCCCAGCUAGCUAGCAGCGGGUAGCCAAGUACAGGGCAAGGGGCAACUGCUUUUAAUCCCCUAUUUUUACUUGUUAAAGAAGAUGAAGAUAACGGUGGAAUUCGAGGAAUGUCUCAAAGACUCCCCAAGAUUCAGGGCCACGAUAGAGGAGGUGGAAGGGGAUGUCGGGGAACUGGAGUCCAAGCUUGACAAGUUGGUGAAGCUAUGCAUCGGGAUGAUCGAUGCCGGAAAGGCCUACAACACUGCCAAUAAACAGUUUGUCAAUGGAAUCCACGAGCUCGCUGCAAGCUCCACGAAAGAUGAAGUCAUAGAGUCCAGUCUCACAAAGUUUGCAGAGAGUCUGCAGGAAAUGAUCAACUAUCACACGAUUUUGUUUGACCAGGCCCAGCGAUCGAUCAAGACCCAGCUUCUAACUUUUGUCAAAGAGGACCUACGUAAGUUCAAAGAGGCCAAGAAGCAAUUUGACAAGGUGAGCGAGGAGAAGGAUGCGGCGUUGACUAAGAACGCCCAGGCGCCGCGCAACAAGCAGCACGAGGUGGAGGAGGCCACCAACAUCCUGACAGCCACGCGCAAGUGCUUCCGCCACAUCGUCCUCGACUACGUCCUUCAGAUCAAUGUACUACAGUCUAAGAGAAGAUCGGAAAUCCUAAAAUCGAUGCUGUCCUUUAUGUACGCCCACCUGACCUUCUUCCACCAGGGUUACGACCUCUUCAGUGAACUACAACCUCUCAUGAAACAGCUGGGGGGACAGCUGGACCAGCUGGUGGUUGAUGCAGCCAAAGAGAAGAGGGAUAUGGAGCAGAAACACUCCACCAUUCAACAGAAGGCUGCUCUUAAGAAGGUGACAGAGGUUGACCCUUUACCCGAUGGCCGCAGCUUUUGCGCGUGGAGGUCCUCCGACUUCUCGAAUGACGACACCAAGCUGGAGUACAAUGUGGACGCAGACAAUGGCAUCGCGAUGGAGGGCUACCUGUUUAAGAGGGCCAGCAAUGCCUUCAAGACAUGGAACAGGCGCUGGUUCUCCAUUCAAAACAAUCAGUUAGUUUACCAGAAGAAAUUCAAGGAUAAUCCCACAGUGGUGGUGGAGGACUUGCGACUAUGCACAGUCAAACACUGUGAGGAUAUCGAACGCCGCUUCUGCUUCGAAGUGGUGUCCCCCACCAAGAGCUGUAUGAUGCAGGCAGACUCUGAGAAGCUGAGGCAGGCCUGGAUCAAAGCCGUCCAGAACAGCAUCGCCACCGCCUUCAGGGAGCAGGGAGAGGACGCGGAGAAGCUGGACCGGAAGUCUUCCACGUCGACUGGCAGCCUGGACUCGGGCGGCGAGCCCAAAGAAAAGUCACUAAAGGGGGAGAAUGCCCUCCAGAGGGUCAUGGUCAUUGGGGGCAAUGCCUGCUGCUGCGACUGUGGCCAGCCUGACCCCCGCUGGGCCAGCAUCAAUCUGGGCAUCACCCUCUGCAUCCAGUGCUCUGGAAUACACAGGAGUCUUGGGGUCCAUUUCUCUAAGGUGCGCUCACUCACCCUGGACUCAUGGGAACCGGAACUACUCAAGCUGAUGUGUGAGCUGGGGAACGGGGUCAUCAACCAGAUCUACGAGGCUCGUAGAGAGGAACUGGGAGCCAGGAAGCCAAGGCCAGCAGACCCCAGGCAGGAUAUCGAGGCCUACAUCAGGGCCAAGUACGUGGACCGGCAUUUCGUGCGGCGCCUGUCCGACGAGGAGCUGCGCUCCAAGGUGGUGUCCCUGUCGAAGCAGGAGAAGAGGCUGAGCAGCAGUUCAGAGCACCUGCCCCCCCGGCCGCCCCCGCCCACGCCCAAACUACGGCCUGCCUCCAACGCCUCAGGUCAGUCAGCUGCCACCAAGGGCUUGGAGGCCCGCCGUGACUCUCUCUUCUGUCCCGACGAGCUUGACUCGCUCUUCUCCUACUUUGACACCUCCGCCAAGCUCAGGAGCAUAAGAAGUGCAGACAGUGGCAUCCAGAACAGUGCUGAUGGGAGUAGGGAGAUGCUGGCCACCAUCCCCUCCACGAACAGCCUGGCUGAAGCAGAAGCUGCCGAGGCGCCUCCCAUGACUAUGCCUGCCAUCCUGUCCCCUCCGUCGCCCUGUAAGGAGGUGGUGGUGUUCUCGGAGCCCAAGGAGUACUCCCCGGGACUGCAGCUCUACUGGGCCUCGUGUGCCCGCAGCCUGCCUGACAUGGCCGAGGCCCUGGCCCACGGAGCGGAGGUCAACUGGGUCAACACCGACAACGAUAAGAGGACCCCGCUCAUCAUGGCCGUGCAGGGGGGCUCUUUGGUGACGUGUGAGUUCCUGCUCCAAAAUGCGGCCAACGUGAACCAGCAGGACGCCCAGGGCCGAGGACCCCUUCACCACGCCACCAUCCUGGGUCACACCGGUCAAGUGUGUUUAUUCCUGAAAAAAGGAGCCAAUCAGAAAGCGGCAGACAUUGAAGAGAAAACGCCCCUAUCCAUGGCAGUGGACGCUGCCAAUGCAGACAUUGUCACAUUGCUACGAUUGGCCAAAAUGAACGAGGAGAUGCGGGAGGCGGAGGGGCCCUACAUGCAGUCAGGAGAUGAAACCUACCAAGACAUUUUCCAGGACUUUUCCCAGAUGGCUUCAAACGACCCGGAGAAGCUGAACCGCUACCAGCAGUACGACUCGCAACAGAGGCCAUGAGGGAGGGAGGGAGGGAGGGAGGGAGACGCUCCAACUCAGGAGGACCCACUUGGAAGUGUGCGGAUAGGUUAAAUAAUCACUUUGUAUUGGUUGUAAUGGUCUACAAUUUUACCCCUUCGAGUAAAAAAUACAUUUCAA